GAAUUCAUUCAUUGCUCUAGUCUGGCGUGGACAUAUACUACAAGAAGAUUCAUACAUAGCCUUCACGCCAUCUACACUCUGCUCUCUCCUUUAAUCACAUCCAGGUUCAUCCACCUUCCCUUCUUUAUCUACCUUUCUUUCUUUCUUCUAUUCACUCACCCCUUUCUCACUCUUCUCUUUCCCUCUUUUCACACGUAUUCUCUUUCUACCCCAACACCUUCUUCAUCAUUCCCCUGUUCUCUCUGUUUCUCUGUUCCCCUUUUCCUCUUGUUGUUGCUGCACUUACCCAUUUCCUCAAUUCCCGUCAAAACGCAAACUUUCACCUUUCCCAUUUCGGGUUGAACCCAUGGACUCCCAACCGGGUCUCUCUCUCGGGUUAAGCGCCACUCUCUCAUCACCCGCGGCUCCACUCAGUGACACCACCUCUGUUCCGUGGCGUUUAUUCAACGAAAGACACCCCAAAAAGGAAGAGCAACAAGAAGAAGAAAAAGAAGACGAAGACGGUGGUGAAACGAUUAACUUCAUGGACCAGCGCGUGAAGAGGAAGAUAGAGGGACACCAACAACAACCCUGUUUCCCUUCAAAGCGCGUGGCCGUGGAUUCCUCAGUGGGGUGGUGGAACCAGCCACUGGGCGUUGCAGACCCCGAGAUUUUCGAUAUCAUGCAGAAGGAAAAACGAAGACAAUUCAAGGGAAUUGAGUUAAUUGCUUCCGAAAACUUCGUGUGCAGAGCAGUGAUGGAAGCUUUGGGAAGCCAUUUAAGCAACAAAUACUCCGAGGGAAUGCCUGGUGCUAAGUACUACACUGGUAAUCAAUACAUUGAUGAAAUCGAGUUUCUAUGUUGCCAGCGUGCGUUGUUGGCUUUUGAUCUUCACCCCAACAAUUGGGGCGUUAAUGUUCAACCUUAUUCUUGUACUUCUGCUAAUUUCGCUGUGUACACCGGGAUUUUGCACCCUGGGGAUAGGAUCAUGGGUCUUGAUUCGCCUUCUGGGGGGCAUUUGAGUCAUGGUUAUUAUACUCUUGGUGGGAAGAAGGUUUCUGCUGCUUCUAUUUUCUUCGAGACUUUGCCUUAUAAGGUUAACCCGCAGAGUGGUUACAUAGACUAUGAUAAGCUUGAGGAGAAAGCGAUGGAUUUUAGGCCCAAAAUACUUAUCUGUGGUGGGAGUUCGUAUCCCAGAGAAUGGGAUUACGCGAGGUUCAGACAGGCUGCUGAUAAGUGUGGCGCGGUGUUGAUGUGUGACAUGGCUCAUAUCAGUGGUCUUGUGGCGGCUAAGGAAGUAGCUAGUCCAUUUGAUUACUGUGAUAUUGUUACCUCAACCACUCACAAAAGUCUCCGAGGUCCAAGGGGAGGUAUCAUCUUUUAUAGAAGGGGAAUAAAACUAAGGAAGCAAGGUUUUGUUCAUAAUCAUGGAGAUGAUAGUAAUUAUGAUUUUGAGGAGAAAAUAAACUUUGCUUUGUAUCCAUCAUUACAAGGAGGCCCCCACAAUAAUCAUAUUGCUGCUCUUGCCAUAGCUUUAAAACAAGUUGCAACUCCAGAGUACAAAGCAUACAUGCAGCAGGUGAAGAGAAAUGCACAGGCAUUAGCAUCUGCCUUGUUGAGAAGAAAUUUCAAAUUGGUGACUGAUGGGACCGACAAUCAUCUUUUGCUGUGGGAUCUAACAGCACUUGGCUUAAUUGACAGAAACUAUGAAAAGGUCUGUGAGGCGUGUCACAUCACUCUCAAUAAAUGUGCCAUUUAUGGUUCGAUUUCUCCUGGAGGAGUAAGAAUUGGUACUCCUGCAAUGACAUCUAGAGGCUGUUUAGAGGAAGAUUUUGAAACCAUAGCUGAUUUUCUUCUUAGGGCAGCUCAGAUUACCAGCAUUGUGCAAAGGGAGCAUGGGAAGUCAUGCAAAGAUUUCCUCAAGGGUCUUCAGAAUAACAAAGAUAUUUCUGAACUCAGAAAUCGGGUUGAGACAUUCAGUUCUCAGUUUGCAAUGCCAGGAUUCGAUAUUUGAUAAUUGAAAGUGUAAACAUCUAUUGCAUCAUCAUGAUGCGUCUUAGCUUACCAUCAUUUUGAAUUAUUUUUGCAUAGUAACCCAUAGGCUUUCACCCUACUAGGUAGCUUAGCUUAUGUAAAUUACGAAUGCAAAUGGUAGUCAAAUCGUCAUGCAGUAGCUAUAUACACCAUACUUAGCAACACUUCGCAUAUUGAUGACCUUGAAGAUUGUAAAAAUUGUUCAAGGUUGAUACCCUUUUCUUCAACCACAACUUUUGUGGCUACCUUUGAAGAAACUCCAGGAAUACAAAUGUUACUAUUUCAUGCAAUUUGAAGUGACCAUGAAAUUAUUUUACAGUCUUUCA